AUGGCUCCUCAACGAAAACGUCGAGUAACCAAAAACGACCUGGGUGAUGAAGAUCGUGUGGUCACGAAAUCAAGGGUAGAUGUUAGAGAGACCCGAGGUAUGGCAGCCAGUAGGAUUCGAGAUACAGAACCUGCUGCUGCUUCGAACAGCAAUCCAACCCGACCUCGAGACAAAAGAUUAGAGGAACGGUCUGCAGCAAGAGAAAAAAAUCUGGGUGAUGAAGGUUACAAGAUCCAACCUGCUGAUGCAAGUCUUUCGUUGAUAGAUCGUGCAGGCACGAAAUCAAAGGUCGACGGUAGACCAACCCGAAAAGCGUCAGCCCGCAGAAUUCAAGAUGAAGAACCCGCUGCUGCUUCGACCAGUAAUUCGCACCAACCUCAUGAAGAGCCGGAUUCUCUAGUUACAACACAAAACCCGGGCCAUGAAGAUCGUGUGGUCACGAAAUCAAGGACGCAUAGUAGACCGACCCAAGGAACGGCACCCGACGGUACUCGAGACAAACGGACUCGAGCAGAAGAGGCCGUAGAGGAGGGGUCUUUGGGUAGAGUCGAUUAUGAAAGCUUGUCCACGGAAGACUUCGACUCAAGAUCAUGCCCUUCAAAAUCAUCGGCUCAGGUGGAAUGA